AUGAAUGGCGUGGCGACAACUUCCGCCACCGCCCCACCAAUCCACAGUCCGCAUGAUGUCAGGUAAGGGUGGAAUUUUGAAAAUUUCAAAAUUAAAAAAUUUUUUUAAUGAAAAAAAUUUUUUUAAAUUAGAUUUUUUUUUAUUUUGCGCGAAGCCUUUUUAGUCGUAUUUUACAUUUAAUCGCUUUGUAAACUUCGCAGCCUGCGCAAAUCAUGUUAUACGGUGAAACGUGUACAAAUUUAAAAAAUCGUAUAUAAGACAUCAUAUACAGCUUUAGAGUACCUAAAAAAGCUAUUUCAACAAUAAAAUUACAAUUUUCAAAAAACCGCAAGAACUUUCUUCACAAAAAUUCUUUUCGAAUUUGAAAUGUAAUUUCAAAAAUUUCAGUUCAAAUAUGCCCCCUCAAGCAUUUCCACCAAUUUCCAAGCCAGCACAUUUCCAACGACCACAACAAUUAGGACAAUUUCAAAGUUCAACGCUACCACCGCUACCACAGGCAAAGGCGACUGAGCCUACGCCAAAGCCAAGCACUCCGCCGAGGAUUGGGCCUUAUGAUGUGGAGAAGACGAUCGGCAAAGGGAAUCAUGCUGUGGUCAAAAAAGCUAGGCAUAAGGUCACUAAGACUGAGGUAGGUUGUCAUUACGGUAUGAGUCAGUAGGGUAGGUUAGAGAAGGGUAGAGGUUUUCGGCUCUAAAUUUUCAAAAAUUAAAUUUCAAAAAGCUGUACCAAGAUUUUAGGUAACAAACCAUGCUUAAUUAUAAAACCCAAAACUGUGCCAUUCUUUUAUCAUCAUUUUGACAUAAAUUUCAAAAUUUUUCAUUUUCAGGUAGCCAUAAAAAUUAUUGACAAACGCCGAUUGGACCCUGAAAAUGUGAAGAAGAUCGAGAGAGAAGUCAAGGUUUUGCAACGAAUUAAGCAUCCAAACAUCAUCAAGUUGUAUCAGGUAGGUCAAAAUUAAAUUUUAAUAAGAUUUUCUGUUGUAAAAUACGGAAUUUUAUAUCCGUAUUUUUUCCUCGGGCGAAGAUAUGUUUAAAAUGGCAUUAAAACCUAAAAUUUGGCUGUUUGAAACUUUUGGGCCAUUUUCAUUAAGUUUUGCUGCGUUUUUCAGUAUGAUACUGCAGUACGUACUUAAAUACAGUACUACCAGGUGUUAUAUGACAUUAUUAAAACAAAUUUUGUCAAAAAAAGUCUAUAAAAUACGUUUAAAAUGGCUUUGAAACUUUAAUUUUGGCGUUUUUUUCAAAAUUUUCGGCCAUUUUCAACGUUUUUUCAUCAUUUUUAAGUACGAUACUGCAGUAAGUACUAAAAAUUUAAUACUGUAUGCCAUUACUCAAAUAUGUACUGCCGAAAAAGUUGUAAAAUUCCGCCAAUUACAGUAGAUUUUAAGCCGCUUCCGACUGAAUAAAGUGACGCAGAGCGGCCGCGGAUUAGCUAUUUUUCGUUUUCAUUGACGUCGUUAUACGAAAUCGCGUCAUCACGUAUAGCAAAAACAUCUAAAUUAGCUAAUGGGAUUGUAAAUAGAUGUUAUUCGAAUACUUUUUUCGGAUGUUUGGAGGAAAAAUGAGCUUUUAUUUGGGUAAAAAUGGCAAGUUAUUGAGGUUUAAUGGGUUUUGGGAGGCUUGGAGGCAAGGUAGGGUAGUACAGAGCAGGGUAUAGCAAAACAAGACAAGGUAAAAUAUGGUAGGGAAGAGUAGGACUUGAUAAGGCAGGGCAGGAUAUGAUAGGGUAGGGCAAGGCAAGGCAAGGCAAGGCAAGGCAAGGCAAGGCAAGGCAAGGCAAGGCAAGGCAAGGCAAGGCAAGGCAAGGCAAGGCAAGGCAAGGCAAGGCAAGGCAAGGCAAGGCAAGGCAAGCAAGGCAAAUUUAAAUAAAAAUUUUAAUUUUAAUAAAUCAAAAAAAUUUUUUUUUUUAAAUGUAAAAUUUCAGGUAAUAGACACCCCAUCAAUCCUCUACCUGAUCACUGAAUACGCUCCAAAUGGCGAGAUCUACGACAUGGUGCAUAAUAACAAACGGCUCAGCGAAGAUGAAGCUCGUCACAAGUUUUGGCAGAUCAUUUCGGCCGUCGAAUAUUUGCAUAAAAACGGAAUUGUUCAUAGGGAUCUCAAGGUAAUUAUUUAUUUGGAAAUUUAUUUGAAACUUUAAAAAAUGGCAAGACCUUUCUUUAUAAAAUAUAAAAUGACAAGAACUUUCUUUACAAAACAUAAAAUGGCAAGAACUUUCUUUACAAAACAUAAAAUGGCAAGAACUUUCUUUACAAAACUUAAAAUGGCAAGAACUUUCUUUACAAAACAAAAAAUGGCAAGAACUUUCUUUACAAACCAAAAGUAAUGUCCAACUUGUUGCCAUUCUAUUUUUACCUAUUUUACAACGUCAUAAACCGUUUACAACACCAUUCUUUUCAAUCAAAGAUGUGUUUGUUCAACGUUUGCACAUUCGCUGUGACGUUCUCUCGCGAAAGAAAUGUUUUUUGUUCUUGACGUCAGCGUUUGCAACAGCUCCAUAAAACGUUUAAAAAUAGGUGGACAAUUCAACUACGAUAAGGUGAAUAUCAUUAAAGAAUGUGACGUCGUUUUGAAAUGGACUUUGGAAGAUGCAUUUUUAGAAAAAUGAUACAAGUUUUUAAAAAUUUUAAAAUAUUGAAAAAUCAAAAUAUUUGAAAUUGUAAACAAUGUUUUGGUUUAAAAAAUUAAAUUUUAUUAUUCUGCAGACUGCGGAUGACAAGUUAUACGAUAAAUCUUAUUUUAGUUUUGUAAAGAAAGUUAUAGCCAUUAUAGUUUUUGUAAAAAAAGUUUUUGCCAUUCAUGUCUUGUAAUGAAAAUUCUUGCCAUUUCUUCAUAAAAAAACAAAAAAUUAUUAUUCUGCAGCAUGCGGGCGACAAGUUAUACGAUAAAUUUCUUUUGGUUUUUUAAAGAAACUUCUUGCCAUUUUAUGUUUUGUAAAGAAAGUUCUUUCCAUUCCUUUAUAAAAAAAAACAAAAAUAUUAUUCUGCAGCCUGCGGUUGACAAGUUAUACAAUAAAUCGAAAAAAAAAUCUAUACUAAUUUUCAUAAUUACAGUUAUUUUUUUUCAGGCCGAAAACCUGCUCCUAGACUCAAAUCAUGACAUAAAGCUUGCUGAUUUUGGCUUCUCCAACUUCUACGAAAAAGAAAACACGUUAGACACCUUCUGUGGCUCUCCACCGUACGCGGCUCCAGAAAUCUUUGAAGGCAAACGCUACACCGGCCCAGAAAUCGACGUGUGGAGCUUGGGCGUAGUACUAUACGUACUAGUGUCUGGAGUUUUGCCCUUCGAGGGAAUCAAUCUACAAGCCUUGAGGGAUCGUGUGCUGAGUGGGCGCAUCAGAAUCCCCUUCUUCAUGUCUACAGAAUGCGAACAACUGAUCCGCCGGAUGUUAACCAUCAACCCAGCCAAGCGACCGACUUUGGAGCAGAUCAAGCGUCAUCGGUGGAUGAAGGCGGACGAGUUCGAGGCUCGAAGCACUACUUCGAACAAGUUCAUGAGCAUCGACACGAAAGAACCGCACCCUCAGGUCAUGAAGAUCAUUCAGAACAUGGGUUUGAACAUGGAGACGGUGGAGAACUCGCUGAAGACCGAAGCCUACGACAACUAUCAUGGUGUUUAUUUGUUGUUGUUGGAGAGGUUGCGCGAGAGUUCGCUCAAGUUGCAUCAGUUGCAGAUGUAUGAGCAACAAAAGCAGAAAAAGUUGUACGAAUGUGGUGGGAGGAGGAGGCAGAGUGAUGCUCCAGGUCAGGUUCGGCCGCUUUUGAAAGGGCUUCGAGAACAUUCGACGUUUCAAACCACAGAUUGUACUGACCCAUAUGCUACUGGGUAUGUGGUUAAUACUGAGAAUGAUACGACUGGGUAUGUAGGUUGUACUGACUCGGAGACUACUGGAUAUGUGCCUAGUAAUGAGUCAUAUACUACUGGAUAUGUCGGCGGUAAUGAAGGAGAAACUACAAGAUAUGUAGUUAGUACUGAUACCAAUACUAAUGAGUAUGUUCGUACCGUACCUCAAGUAUCAGCCGCUACUGCAACUGAAUGUAGCAACUACACCAACACAAAGGAUUCUGGCUACGCGUACAGUGCUACUACAUCUACUGAUGGAGUUACUGUAGGUGGUCACGGUACCACAAAGCCCUACAAACCUACUGAAGGCUACGAUCAAGUCAUAAAAGAAGGUGUUGAAGCUGAAAUCUGCAGUAAUCCACAAGGAAAGACUUACAGUAAUGUAAAACCUGAAUCUUACGGCACAUCUGAUGCUACAAGUUACUGUAAUGAAGCUUCUGACGGCGAUUACAGUACUCCAAAGGCUAGUGAAAGCCAAAACCUAAACAGCGCAGAAGCUACAGUAUCUCCUACAAGCUACAACAAAGAUUCAGAUCAACAUACAGUAUCAGAAAUGACCUCAGACGGCCGUAAAGAUGAGUUAGCUUCAAGUGCUCCGCACUCUGAAAACAGCAUGAAUUACAUAUGUUACAGUAAUCAUACAGCACCAGAGAGCACUACAAAAGCAACAACAGACAAGACUUCUAUCAUGCCACAGUACCACCUCACAAAAUCCACCGUAGCCCACACUACGGUUCAUCAAACCUCGACAGCCACCGUACAACAAAGUGUAACAUCCUCAGGUCACGGUACCAGUGAAGAAACCGACCGAUGCUCCACUCUAUCACGCCAAAGCACCAUCGGUACCAUUGGCUCCAUUGACGAAGGUGUAGAAAGCGACAUGAAUGGCUCCAGUCAAAGCCGUACUACCUUCUCAUCGCGCGAACUUGACCAUGAAGGCUCGGGCAACUCUCUCCUCACCUUCGACGCCACCUCAGUCGACAACCCCGAACUUAUGUCGAGUUUAAGCCUCAACUCAUGUCCAUCGAAUGGCGAGGCGUCGCAGAACUUGAGAAAUCUACCCCCAUGCUGUGCUAAAGCCAUAACCGACGCGAAGGAGUCUCAGAAUCCGGCUACUGCCGCCAACUCCACCGAAACCUCACCUUGCACCUCUCCACGCCAUCGCUGCUUCGGCGAAGGCUGGAGAGCCAGUGAUAACGCCAUGUUCGACUCGCUAACCCAGCCGUUCCCGACCGGCGAAUUGGGCGGCAAGUCCAAAGCGCUAGCCGACGUGUCCAAGCCUACCACGUCGCAUCUGGCUGAUAAAAUGCGAAAAAUGCGACUGACCGGCCCAGCCAAUGUCGCUGGCAUAGCCAUAGGAGGUGGACCAAAAAUGACCGCAGCUGUACAUCAUCAUCAUCAUAGACAUGUCAUGCUUGGUGGAGUACCAAAGAGAAUAUCGUUGCCAGAGAAUUUGGAGUUCCAACCUCAAAUGCUACUGAAUCUAAAGCAGGCGAUUCAUGUGGAGAAACAGCUGGGGGCGGAAAAGACUGACACUCCCAAAGUGUUGAAGGUCAGAAUGGCACAACAACAACAGAAGAGAUUGACCAAGGCUAGGAUGCAAAUGUUUAGGCAGCAGGUAAGUUUUUAUAAAAAAUCUUUAAAAAAUAAGAAAAAAUAAAAAUCUUACACUACCCUACUCUACCCAACCCUACCUUGCCCUACCCUACCCUAAAAUGUCCAAAAAAACUUAAAAAAUAGCCAAAAACCUGGUUUUUUCAAGGUAACAUAACAUAACUUUGAUGGCCCAUAACUUUUGUGCCAGUUUAUUUGUUACUACCAAAUUUUACAUAGUUGUAACACAGUUUAUUGUGCAUGUAAAAAUAUAAUCCACUCCCUUUAUAAACAACCCUUUAAAAAUAAAUAUUGACUGGAUCAAAAGUUAUGGCACUUUAAAUUUCACUAGCUCGAUAUUUAUAUAGAAGUCGGCGAAAAGUUAAAACUUUUUUUUUGUAAAAUACGACAACUAUAGCUUCAUUUUUUGAGUAAAUCCCCUAAAAUAUUAAAAUCCAAGCCAUUAAAAUCACAUAUUAUACCUAAAAUUUUUCAGAGUUACCAAAAGCAAGCGGCCAUGCCAGGACCGUCAUUGAUGAGUCGGCUGAGCGAAGAGCCGCCUUCGUCAGCCCCAUUGUCCCCUAUCGAAGAUCUCAAGCAGGAAGAUGCCAUGGACACAUCUUAA